AUGGUCUCUGAAGAUAUUACCAUGCAGUCGCCGCAGGAGGAACAGAAAAUUCAGGAGCAAUCCUCAGCGUCAGCCGGAGGCGAGGUUGACAAUUCUGAGGACCAUCAUGACCAAACCCCAGACGCAACGCAAGAACCUGUGACGACAGAGGGAACACCAGCUACCGACUCACACCAGUCCUCACUGGCCAUAACAGUACAAAAAAGAAGAAGGGUCACAAGAGCCUGCGAUGAGUGUCGCCGUAAGAAGAUAAAAUGCGACGGCAAGCAACCUUGUACCCACUGUACUGUCUAUAGUUACGGUAUGACUCCUUCUAUAUACAAAUUAUGUAUUCCGGUUGAUCCUGUGCGAAAAAGCGGGUGGCUAAUCAUGUUUUUGAUACCAGAAUGCACAUAUGACAAGCCGUCAAACCGACGAAGAAAUCCUGCCCCUCAAUAUAUCGAAGCCCUCGAAAGUCGACUUCAGAAAGCCGAAAGGCUCCUGAGAGCACUUGUGCCCGAGAUUGACCUUGAUGACCCUCGAUAUGAUGGGUGCUGCGUCGAAGAAAUACUUGCUCUGCUCAAAAAUAAUACGCCUGAGCCCCCUAGAAAGCCCGAGCCGAAGUUACCGGCAGCCUCAGAACCGUGCGACGAAUCACUUCUAGAGUCGAUGGUGGAUAAUACGGGCUCUCUUGACCUUGACGAUGAAGGACAUUGGGAUUAUCACGGUCAUUCCUCCGGGCUUAUCUUUGUGAGAAGAGUCCGGAAGCAAAUAGGAAACAUUGCUCCGGAAGGGCAGCUGCCCCAGAAGCUCCCUCGGAUGCCCCUCAGACUGGAGAAAAUGAAAUCAACUUCAGAGUCCCCUAUCGACACACACUUGUCUCCCGUUCACGACUUACCAUCGAAGAAGGAAGCGCGAAAAUUCUGCACUCAUGCCCUUGAAGAUGCGUGUUGUAUAAUGCGUUUCUUGCAUAAACCAUCGUUUUGGGCAAUGUUCGACCGUAUAUAUGAUACCCCGCUAGAACAAUUCUCAAAUGAGGAGAAUAGCUUCUUGCCGCUUCUAUAUCUUGCGCUUGCUGUCGGAUGCCUGUUCCGAGGACCUGGAGACUGCACUUUGGAGAAAUCUGGCUAUGAAAGUGCUGUAGAUCAAGGCUUCCAAUAUUUUAAAGCUGGUCGACAGUUGCUUGAUAUAACCGAGUGUCGAGACCUAACCUCUCUUCAGGCUGUUUGCUUUAUGAUCCUUUUCCUACAAGCCUCUGCCAAUAUUAGAACUUGUUAUUCUUAUAUUGGAAUUGCGCUCCGUGCUGCCGUCCGUCUUGGUCUCCACCGCUCGGUUUCUGUCAAGUUCAACCCCAUUGAGCUCGAAACUCGCAAACGGAUUUUUUGGGUUGUUCGAAAGAUGGAUGUCCAUGUCAGCACUAUUCUCGGCCUCCCAUCAAUGUUGAGUGAAGAUGAUAUCGACCAAACCUAUCCUAUGGCUGUCGAUGACGAAUUUAUCACCAAGGAUGGCAUCUUGCCUAUGCCAAAGAACUACAUUUGCCUAAUGCAAGGUGCAAAUGCGCACAUGAGACUCGGCCAUAUCAUGUUGAAAGUGAUGAAAUAUAUUUAUCCUGUCAAAGUCACAACGCACGGCGACAACCAUACCUAUAUGGUAAGCCAUUCAAAGAUCCGAGAACUUGAACGAGAUCUUCAGAAAUGGAUGGAGGCGCUGCCUGAUGCCUAUAGACCCGGUGGUGAAGCGGCAAUCGAAGUGGAGAGUGUUGCGCGUAAUGUUGUUCAUAUCACUGCUGGUAUGAAAAAGAAACAGCUUCUCAACGGAUCGUAUUGGUUUACGAUGUAUACAACUUACUUUGCAAUCUUAACGCUCCUCUUCUUUAUCCUCGAAAACCCGGAAUCUGCAGCGGCCAAGGACGGAAUUUUGAAAGAUGCCUUGGAGGGGAAGAAUGUGCUAGCUGGCCUCGCAAAGAAGAGUAUGGCUGCAGAUCGAUGUGCCCAGAGUUUGAAUUCUAUGUUUAAAUAUCUUCCGGAGAGACUUCGAAACCGGCAGGCUCUUUCGUCUCCGCUAAUCAACCGGAAGCGUACUCAGACUCCCACUCCUAUUUGUUCAAACAGUUCUUCAGGAAGCGGUAACAAGACACCACCUCUGCAGACCAAAGCGCCUGAAGAGUUUAAUGCCAGUUUACCACAACGAGCAAGUACCUUCCCAUUGCACGUUACACCAAAUAGAGAGGCUACUGUUCAAAAUUCUCCGGCUGGAGAUAUGUCAGUCGAGAACGCAAAUAGUGCCUCGAAUGGCCCCUUCAAAUGGACGACUGAUAUGCAAAGCUUAUUUGGCCCAUCUCCUUCUACACCCCGGGUCUCAUCACUGGCUAAUACCGAACAAACUCACAUAUCAUCACCAUCUUUGGCUACAGUAGGAGGCAUAGAAAACCAGCAAUCACAAUCCGCACCCAAACAAGAUAUAUCAUUUUCGCCGCCAUUUAAUGGCUCAGCACCCCUGCCUGAUCUUAUGCCGAUGAUGUUCCCUUCCGACGACCCGUUGGCCUACCCCACCCAACCAAUGUCAACCUUGGAAGACGACCAUUUUAAACAGGACAAUAACAGCAAUGGUGGCCAAGGUCAAUUUAUGUUCUCUUCAAACUCAUCCCUACAAUCUGUAAUGGACAGGGAUGGCUUGAAUAAAUCUAACGUGUCCUCUUCACCUUCGUUUGCAACUACCCCCGGGCUGUCCAUGGUGAGUCCAGCAUCCUCUCAUGACCCAACCUCAGUCAGCAGUCUGCCUCCCCAUAUAAAGGCAGUAUCCACCGCCUUCCCGGGCAAUACACAAAGCCCAACAUCGGAGCCCCAACAAAAUACAAAUGCCUACCAAUUCAUGGGCAACCCCGACCUUGUCACAAUCCCCGGCCAUUCUUUCAUCUGGCAAAACCUUGCUGCGCAAGGGGCCCCAAACAAUUCAUACCAGUACCCUACAGCCGACCCCUCUUUCCAAACUGCAUCAGAUGACUUUGUGAUGGGUCUUGGUGCUGGCCUAGAUAUGGCCCUAGACACAGACAUGAAAUUUGAUAACCUUCUGGACCAAUUUGGUGGUGUGAGCACUAACAUUGGUGGAGAUAUAAAUGGAGAUGGAAAUUUGGGCGUGCCCUCGAAUGAUUGGACUCAAUGGGGGAACUGGAAUUCGAACGGCGAUGGAAGCAAUAACGAUAAUAAUGCUGGUAACAAGGACUAA